UUAUUCGUACUUCGUUGCGUCCCCUUUAAGCGGUGUUGGGUGUGGGCUGUGAAACUCAAACAGAAGCUAAACAGAAAGCGUCUUUGGAGAAUAUUUACUCUAAACGGUACAUUGAGCCGGUUACGGUACAAACAGGCUGGUGAGGCCGGAGAUGCCUGAUGUGGUCGUCAUGUUGAAGGAUGUUCCGGAAAGUCAAGAAGCGCCACAGCAGCAGCAGCUCGCAGAGCAGUGAGAUCAGCACCAAAAGCAAAUCUGUGGACUCCAGUUUGGGAGGGCUUUCCAGGUCGAGCACUGUCGCCAGUCUUGACACAGACUCCACCAAGAGCUCAGGUAACAGCACGUCAGAAACAUGUGCUGAGUUCCGGGUAAAGUAUGUGGGAGCCAUUGAGAAGUUACAGUUUGACAUGAGCAAGACCCUCCAGGAGCCCCUGGACCUCAUAAACUACAUUGAUGCUGCUCAGCAAGAUGGAAAGCUGCCCUUCGUGCCUGGAGACGAAGAGAUGAUUUUGGGAGUGUCGAAGCAUGGCGUCAAAGUGGCCUCUCUGGACCAGUGUGAUGUGCUGCACCGCCACCCUCUGUACCUGAUAGUGCGUAUGCUGUGUUACGACGACGGCCUGGGCGCAGGGAAGAAUCUCCUGGCUCUCAAAACCACUGACGCAAAGCAAGAGGAGUGCAGCAUCUGGGUGUACCAGUGCAGCAGUUCAUUUUUAAUCAUCUGUCUGAACAGGAGCAGGCUCAGUCCAUCUGCAAGGUGCUGUCGUCUUCUUUUGACUGUGCUCUGAUAUCAGGCAAGUCCUGAGGCCAGAGGGAUGGGACGGGUGCGGAGGUCGGUCUAGAAGAGAAUUUAAACAACUGCAAAACCAGCAACAGCAAACCAGGAGACAACCAUGGCCAAAAAAUGCAACCAUUUCCCUUUGUUUUCUCCAACUUUGCUUUAAGAGAAAUUAACUGGAGGUCAAAUCCUCUCUGUUUUCAGUUUGCGGGAAAACACGAUUUAGAUUCCCAGUUUGAUUCCUAGUAACACCUCCCUCCAUCAUCAGUUAAGACAGGACUGCUGUGAAUUUGAAUCAUGUCCUUGGAAUUUGUUUCCUUUACCUCAGACGGUCCUUUGACCUUUCACAUAAAGUGUUCAGAAAGCUCAGAAAAAAAGGGAAACGGUUGCAUUUAAAAAAAAAAAAAAAAGCAUUGCAGCCUGCCAUUUCAGUGAAUCACAUUUAAAUGUAAAUGAUGGUACAAAAUGGUACAUUUUAUCUUAGCUGAGUCAGCAUGUGGUAAUUCAUGGGAGGCAUUCAUCAGUGUUGAAAUGAGAUGGUACAUUCUCCUCAUGUGGAAACCACUCCGAUCCCUUUUUAAGUUUAGAUAUCCCUUUGUGUGUUUUUCUGAGACAAACAGUAUUGGUACAAUAGCAGUCAUUUCUUGACUAGAAGGUACAUUAUACAAAGAGGCUUUAACUGUGGCCCGCAUCCAAUAUUUUGCCAUGUGAGUGUUAAUUUUUUCUUAAUUUGUGGAAUUUACUCAUUUUAAUGACUGUUGUAGCAUAUGUCAUUUUAAAUUUUAUUGGUACUAAAAGCUUGAUGUGUUUUUGGAUUUACUAAGUCCUUGUUUUAUUCAAAAUACAUUAAAUCCAUUAGACUUACUGAAACCACGUAAAUCCUGAAACUUGACUUCACCCUGGCCUCCCUUGUCAGCAUGGUCCGGGUUAAGAUUGGGUUGAAAAUGUGUGUGACGAUGAGGAAAUGAAAUAAUUUGAUCUGGUGCAGUAUAAGGAGUGGAAGGUUUUUAUGUUUUUGAAUAUUAUUUUACUGAUUAAAUGUCAUUUUUCCUUUUUAGCAUCAUCUUUACUUUUGAGUGGCUUUGACAUUUUGUAUCUGUUAACUAUGAAUUGUUGAUAAUAUUGCUUUACCAAAACAGCACAUUAUAACAGUGUUUUUACACUGCAGUGAAUUCUUACAUUUUGAUGCAGACAUGCUGAAAUCUUCCCCAUCAAAGGACUUAAGACCAUAAAGCAAUUAAUACUGUAAA